AUGGCCAAGGUGUGUGGUAACAUGGAGAAGCAAUAUGUACAUGCCAUCCUUGCAGCAGUCUCUGAUAAACUCCAGCUUGACUACUUUCACCUCUUUCUUGUUCACUCACAUAUUCGCAUCUCACACACCGUCACAGACUUGACAAAUAUCGCAGAAGACGACAAGCUUGGUUACGAUGAGUCUCGCGUGGCAGGAAUCUGGGAGGGCAUGGAAGAGGCAAUGAGUAAAGGUCUGACUAGGGCCAUUGGCAUCUCCAACUUUACUAUCACAAAGACAGAGUCACUCCUCAAGACUGCCAAGAUUGUCCCAGCUGUCAACCAGGUGGAGUGCCACCCUUACUUCCAGCAGAAGAAACUUAGAGAGUAUUGUGAUACAAAAGAACAUGGCAGUCAAAGCCUGGUGAAGUGGGAGCAGCAGUGUAAAGUAGCUCUCAAGGUGGGCUACAGACACCUCGACUGUGCCCACAUCUACCAGAACGAGGCUGAGAUUGGUGAGGCUCUCCAGAAGUGUUUCGAGGAGGGUGUGUGCAAGAGAGAGAACCUCUUUGUUACUUCAAAGUUGUGGGCUGGUGACAUGGAGGAGCAGUAUGUGCUGCCAGCCAUACAACUGACUCUGAAGAACCUGCAGCUGGACUACCUUGAUCUCUACCUCAUCCACUCUCCGUUUGCCUUCCGUCACAAUCUGGACAUGUCAAAUCUUCAAGAAGAGGAAAAACUUGGUUAUGACGAAUCACGAAUUGCUGGAAUAUGGAAGACAGAGUCACUCCUCAAGAACUGCCAAGAUUGUACCAGCUGUCAACCAGGUGAGUGCCACCCUUACUUCCAGCAGAAAAAACUUAGAGAGUACUGUGACAGCAAAGGUAUUCUGAUUGAAGCGUAUGCCCCGCUAGGUAGUCCUGCGCGGAGGGGAGUUGAGGCCACCGACCCUGUCGUUAUGGACGAUCCCACCAUCAAAGAAAUAGCCUCCAAAAAGGGGGCAACUCCUGCCCAGAUCUGCAUCUCGUUCCUCCUCCAUCGAGGGUUUGUGGUGAUUCCAAAGUCAGUGACCCCUCACAGGAUCCAGGACAACUUUGAGGCAACAAAAGUGUCUCUCAGUGCGGGAUGAGGUUGAGGCACUGGUGGCUGUUAAUAAGAACCUCUGUCUGUUCAAGAAUUUCACAUUCUUUUUGCCUAAGGGAACCACCAUUGAUGAAAUAUUCGAUGUAGAAGCAGACGAAAAGUUUGUAAUUCAGAAAUAGAAAGUGUAUUUUAGAGUGAAGAAUUUGAAAACUGCCACACUAGCCACAUGUUGUGUGUGUUUUGUCCCUAUGACUCAUGAUUGCAAGCUUAAUAUUUGGAUUGUUUCGUGUCUGUCAUGUGUUUUGUUGGUGACACUCCCUGUGUACUUUGCUGCAAGGAAAC